AGACUAGACGGGCUAGUGCUUUGUUCCGUCACGGUCUGCGAAGUUCCAUCGGCAGUCUGUAUAUUCUCGGCGUACAUGCACACUUGGAUAAGAAACGCCCUCGGUGGCCAGAGUACUUUCAAAGGAAGGACAUGGCUGGAGGUCCAGUCCAAAAUUCUCUCCGCCUUGCAAGUCAUCGAUAACCAUUUCAAGGCUUUCGAAAGCGUCCAGCAUAGGCUCCGCUGGUGCCAGACGAGAGAACAGGUCUAUCUGAAUCUGAUGUGGAGGGAUCGCGUCGUGCGGGCCUAUAUAAGCGCCGAUCUUUGCGAAGAACUGGUCCCUGACGAUACCGCGACUACUUUGAGUUUUAGGCAAGAGGAUCUGCAAGCGGCUUGGAGAGGCGACGGAAUUUUGAACUUCCGUGAGAGGAUAAACAAGGUUCAUCGGAGGAACUUGGAGAUUGCCGCCGAGGAGACCUUGCAAUCGGCGAGAUUCUAGGUCACGCCCAACGAACUGCGAACUGUAAUA